CAAAGCCAUUUCUGAAUACGGCCAAAAGGUUUGUCAAAGUUUCAGUCUCAAGCCUCGUAUAUAUUCUUUUAAAAGAUAACCAGACAUUCCACAGCUAAGCUGGAUCAAAUUCUCUUACAAAAUGGUAGCACUUGCACUUCCCACUCACUCUGUCACUGUAAAUCGACGAGCUCAUCAAGAAUUCCCUCUGGCAUGUAAUUCUGCGCUAGAAAUUAAACAAAUUCAUGCCCUUAUCGUCAAAAAUGCUAAGACCAGUCCUCUUCUAAUGCAGCAGCUCCUUUGUGCUAAAAUCACGUCCCUCUCUCAAAAUGGAAACCUCUCUUACGCCUGCUCCCUUGUCAAGCCAUUUGACCAAGACAAACAAGUCUACAUAUUUAAUUCCAUUAUCCAAUUGCUUGCAACUGCCAAGAACAGCCUGAGGGAAAUCAUGGGUUUAUAUAGGGAAAUGCUUUUACAAGGUCUCCUUCCUGACACUUACACUAUUCCUCAUAUUCUCAAGGCUUGCUCAGAAUCUCAGGCUUUGAGAGAAGGACAGCAGAUUCAUGCUCAUUCUAUCAAAUUGGGUCUUUCUUCAAAUGUUUUUAUCAAGAACACUCUUAUGAGACUCUAUGUUGUAUCUGGAAUUAUCAGAGCUGUUGAGAAUGUGUUUAAUGAAUCUCCAAACAGGGAUUUGGUAUCUUGGACCACAUUUAUUCAAGGAUAUGCUAAGAUGGGCUAUCCUUCUGAAGCCAUCUCUGCAUUUUUUAAAAUGAAUCUGAGAGCCGACGAGAUGACUUUGGUUGUGGUGCUUUCUGCUUGCUCUAAAUUGGGAGAUUUGAGUUUGGGUAAGAAGAUUCGUGCAUAUAUGGAUCGUCAUCAAAUUAACGUACAUUCAGACGUCUUUCUUGGAAAUGCAUUGCUAGAUAUGUACUUCAAAUGCGGCCAACCUGACUUGGCUCGUCAGGUGUUCGACGAUAUGCCUGUCAAGAAUGUAUCUUCUUGGAAUUCUAUGAUAUCGGCUCUCGCUCAGCAAGGCCAAUACAAAGAAGCCCUGAACAUGUUUCGCAUGAUGCAAAAUAUGGGUCUAAAGCCUGAUUCUAUUACUUUAGUGGGCGUCUUGAAUUCAUGUGCUAAUCUUGGAGCGCUUGAGCUGGGGAGGUGGGUACAUUCUUAUAUUGACAAAAAUAAAAUGAAGGCAAAUGUACAUGUUGGGAAUGCGCUAGUUGAUAUGUAUGCCAAGUGUGGAAGUAUAGACCAAGCAUUCAGUGUGUUUCAAGCUAUGAAAUCCCGUGAUGUCUUUUCAUAUACUGCUAUAAUCUUUAGCUUAGCCAUGCAUGGCAAAGCAAAGAUGGCUUUGGAUAUCUUCUCUGAGAUGCCUAAAAUGGGUAUACAGCCCAAUAAAGUAACGUUUGUUGGAGUACUUUCUGCGUGUAGUCAUGCUGGACUGGUAGAGGAAGGGCAAAGACAUUUUGAGGACAUGUCAGGGUUAUACAACUUGGAACCUGAGAGAGAGCAUUAUGGUUGUAUGGUUGAUCUAUUGGGUCGUGCUGGACUAAUUAGUCAGGCAAUAGAGUUUAUAAAUAAGAUGCCAAUUUUACCUGAUUCUUUUAUUUGGGGGUCACUACUCAGAGCCUGUAAGAUUCAUGCAAAGGUUGAACUUGGAGAAAUUGUGAUGGGUAAACUAGUCGACAUGGGAACUAAUGACGACGGCGCAUAUAUACUCAUGUCAAACAUUUAUGCUUCUGCAAAUAGAUGGAGGGAUACAUUGAAGUGGAAAAAGGCAAUGAAGGAAAACAAAAUUAAGAAGAACCCAGGAUGUAGUUCAAUCGAACUUGAAGGUAUGGUUCAUGAAUUUCGCAAGGGUGAAAAAUCACACCCUAGAAGUAAAGAGUUACACAAUUUACUGCAAGAGAUGACGAAUCACUUGAGAAGCUAUGGACUGGACCAGAACCUUGCAUUGUCUUGACACACGCACAUAAUUAGGCCACAUAAAUUUCAUUUGUUGGUUGGGUUGAGAUAUGGCCAAGAAGGAGAGAGGCUGGUUGUAUAAAACAAGGGGUUAUUUCCAUCUUGCUGAAUUCUCUCUCUGAUAUUGGGUUAUUUGUUAACUUAGCAUGUUGUAUAGUGUAACUGGGCAGCAGUUUUAUUAUAUUGCCUGCAAGUACUUGGUUUACUUAAGAGUCUUUAAGUUCUUCUGCUGAUAAUGAUUCAAUGACAGAGGUAGUUGCAGUUUUGCAUAAAAUUUUGGAAAAUCAUAAAUAAGUUGAUCUGGGAAGGCAUUCGUAUUAUGCCUGGACAAAUUGUUCGUUUUGCGAUGGAGACUUUGUGUAAUUUUGAAAACAGAGGUCCUUACUAGUGUAUUUGACAAAAACACAGAGACUAUAUAAUGAUUACCCCUUGUUCGUUUUGCUAUGGAGAAUUUGUCUGCUUGGCAAGUUGCUUCGCUUAAGCCAACAAAUAUUGCCUGCAAGUCCACUCCAGUUUCUAAAUGGUGCAAGCCUUUCGAAGUAUCCUCAAACUAAACAUUGAUGGGGCUAUUUUUGCAGCUAAAAACAACUAUGGUGGUGGUAAGAAUUAAACAUGCUGGUGAUUUGGUUGUGGCAAAGCAGAAGUGAUAAUGGUUGAAGCUAUGGCUCUUCUUGUAACUCCCUCUUGGCGUUGUUCUUCUAAAUUGUCCGGAGUUUUAUUAAUGAGUGUCAAAUCUCCAUUGAUUUUGUAAAGCUUGGAGCAAACUGAGUAAACCAUGUGUUGGCUCAUGCCUCAUUAUACUUUUGCUGUUGCCAUAACCUGGAUUGAUAUGUAUUUCCAAGUUUUUUUAUCAAAAGAUAAGCGUCAAUGAAAUUUUAACCAA